UCCCUAAAACCACGAUUUCAAAGGAAACACGAAUUGGAUUUUCCCUCUUUGCUCGCUGCUCUCCACAAGAACUGUUCGUCAUCAUCGGUCGUCGUUCGUCGCUCGAUAGCUCACCGAUCUAUCUUCAUCAAGUAGUACUGAUCUUCAUCGUCGCUCGCCGCUUAUCCACAUUGGAAUGGGUUCUUCAUCGUCGCGACUUGGAUCUAUUACUCUGAGACAGCUCUAACCUUUGCCCUGGAAUCACUUCUACUUGACUCGACACGCACAUUGAGACGAGAAAUCGCUUCGAUUUGAACUCUGAAAGCUCAAAUCCUCCUCAAAUCCUACUCCAGUCACAUCCUUUGGAUAUAGAAGUUAUCAUAUGCAUUGGAAAUCAAGGCAAUCAUCUACUAUCACUUCUAUACGAAGACUUUAGAACCUACAUUGGUUGAUCCGGAUUUCCAUUGCAAUAGGAACAUGGUUUGUGACAUCUACAGUAUAGUUCUUAGACAUGUCCCUAUUGGUCAUACUGCGACAUUGAAAGUCAAGUGCAUAUUGCCGAAAAACCAAGCUAUUGAAGUGGAUACAAAUGGGAAGGUGUAUGAUUUGUUUAGGUUGCAUGCUGGAGUGGAUUUAAUCAACUUGUAUGUAUAUGAUCUCCAUUUUAAUGAGCACCCAUCCUCCACCUACAUAGUGAAUAGAUUCGAGGGUAACUUGAUCACUCGAGACAAUCAUUCUAGUGAGCAUGUGGAAGAAUUUUUUGAUACAAUUACUCCUGUUCAUCAAAAUCAAUGUGGGUUUAGUGAUGAUGUUCAGCAAAAUAAGCCCGGACUUGGUAGUUAUGCUCAGCAGAGUCAAACUGGUUAUGGUAUUGUUGUACAACAGGAGCAAACUUUUGUGUCUGCCAGGGCAAAGCACCAAGUUAGGAAGAGAUACUCGAAUAGUGAAGCUAUACCGAGCGAUUCAGGCGCGAGUGUAAUUUCUUUGGCGACAAUGCGAAGGAGAGGAAACUCGGCGAUAGGAAGCUGCUCGUUGAGGUAUCUUCCAAACGGUCGUGUUUUAGAGAAAUGGUGAAUAUGAUGAAGAGAAGAGAGAUGAGGAAGAGAAUAUAUGUAUAUUACUUAAAAGGGUAAACUGGACUUCGUACAUGCCAGUUUAACAGCGUUAGUCACUUUAGGGUCGUUUGAUAGAAUAUUCAAACUAGAGCGGAGGUUAUUGCUAUAUAUGAAAGUACGUGGCGAAACUUAAUAUCAAGCCAAAAGUCAUGGGAAGGGAGUGGAAUUUCCUCUUGAGUUUA